AUGACCGAUGUUCGCUUUGAAACGACAUCUACGACGACUGCAGACCCAGAGAAGGCAUCCACGGGGUAUGCGGCAUCCGAGACUGGCUUGCAGCACGUCAGGGCUACGGCGAAGGAGGAACGUCGGAUCCUCUUCAAGCUCGACCGUGUCAUUCUCCCUCUUACGGCGCUCCUCUAUCUGAGCGCUUAUUUGGACCGAGGUAAUUUGGGAAACGCGAAGUUGCAGGGACUUUACGCCGGGCUAUUGGAUAGCAGCGACACGAAGUACUCCGUCGUGCUCUGCAUAUUCUAUGUCACUUACAUCUCCCUCUCUAUUCCGGGCACUCUCCUCGCCAAAGCUAUCCUCCCCUCCUACUCUAUCGCCCUCGGAGCUCUCAUCUGGUCCAUUGCCGCGACUGGUAUGGCCGGUGCCCAAAGUUUUGGAGCUGUCAUCACAUGUCGCCUGUUCGUCGGAAUCGGUGAAGCACUCUUCGGUCAGGCUGUCACUUUCCAUUACUCGCUGUGGUACAAGAAGGACGAAAUUUCCAAGCGACUUGCUCUCUUCAUCGGAGCUGGUGUGCUCUCCGGAGCAUUCGGUGGCUUGAUCGCCUAUGGGACCUCCCAGAUCAAAUCCUCCAUCGCUAACUGGCGCAUCCUCUUCUUGAUCGAAGGCUGCCCCUCAAUCAUCCUCGCCAUCUGCAUCUUUUUCUUCCUUCCUUCGCGGCCCGAUAAGUCCAACUACAUAACCGAAGACGAACGGACAGUGGUCCACACGCGCCUCAAUGCCGAUUCGCUUGGAGAGGGCCAUACUGGUAUCGAUUGGAAUGGUGUUAAGCGGGCAUUGACGGACUGGAAGACCUAUGUCGUGUCCAUCAUGUAUAGCGCGAUGAACUUGACGUUGGGGAGCGUCACAGGUUUCUUGCCAACAAUUAUCAAAGGACUCGGACACACUGAUGCCGCUGCUCAACUGUUCACCGUCCCACCAUACGCCGUCGCAUUUGUCACCAUGUACCUCAUCUCCUACUUCUCCGACCGCGCAAAGUCAAGAGGACCCUUCGUUGCUGGCGUCUUCGUCAUCUCAAUUGUUGGAUGGCUUAUCUUGCUCCUUGAGCUGACGGAUAAUCGUGUGCGGUACUUUGCGUGCAUCUGUAUCGUCAUUGGGGGAUACAACAAUAUUCCAUUGAUCAUGAGCUGGCAGUCAAACAACACCGGAAGCCAGAGCCAGCGUGCGGUUUCCCUUGGGAUGCUCAACUCAGUCGGCCAAUGUCUCUCCAUUCUUGCCUCGUUCUCCUUCCCGGACUCCGAAGAACCACGUUAUAUCAAAGGAAUCUCACUUAACAUCGCCUUCAAUGCCCUCGGCAUCUUUAUUGCUAUGGGCAUGUCGCUGUACUACAGGCUCGAGAACGCAAGGAGGGACAGGGUUGAAGGUGGGCGGCCGCCAAAGGGCGAGGUCAUGAAUGUUGUGGAAGAACAUGAUUUCGCGAGAGGGUUCAGGUAUGUUGUUUGA